AUCAACAAAAACAUUCUCACUACUCAGUCAAAGAACGCCAUCAUAACCUCAACCAUGCACCCGCCGGAGAACUCUGACCUCUACCGUUUCCUCGCCGAAAACGGCAUCGGAUCCUACUGCUUUCCCAACAAUUCCGAUCAGCUUCCAAUCAUGCAGAGCCUCUGCAGCUCCUCCUCCUCCUUCUACCCCUUGGAGGUCUCCGGCAUCACCGACACCACUCCACAGGACAAAGCUCUUGCUGCUUUGAGGAAUCACAAAGAAGCUGAAAAGAGAAGAAGAGAAAGAAUCAAUUCCCAUCUCAAUAAGCUCAGAAGCCUUCUCCCUUGUAAUUCCAAGACAGACAAGGCUUCCCUUCUAGCAAAAGUGGUUCAACGUGUGAAGGAAUUAAAACAGCAAACUCUGGAAAUCUCUGAACUCGAAACCUUACCAUCGGAGACUGAUGAAAUCACGGUGAUCUCCGGGGACUAUUCCCACGAUGGGAGGUUGAUAUUCAAGGCUUCUCUAUGUUGUGAAGACCGGUCGGACUUGUUACCGGAGCUCAUUGAGAUUCUGAAGUCUCUUCAUCUUAAGACCCUGAAAGCUGAAAUGGCAACAUUGGGCGGAAGGAUUCGGAAUGUUCUGAUCGUUGCAGCCGAUAAAGAUCAUAGUAUCGAGUCGGUUCAUUUCUUACAAAAUGCAUUGAAGUCCUUGAUAGAACGUUCCAACUCAAACGAUCGGUCCAAAAGGAGACGGAUAUUAGAUCAGAAAAUCAUGAUCUAAAAUAGUAUAUUUGACAUGGCUUAACGAGGUAACAUGAAGCCUAAGCAAAUAAUUUGUAGGAAAAUGGAUCUCAUGGUUUGCUAGGAAACUCAACCAUAGCUAAAGAGCUCUAUUAUUGUUUGUUUGCUAGUUACAUAUCCGACAUGGUGUAACAAAAGGGUGGCUUGGAAGACUCUUACUAUAUUAUGGUACUAUAUUCUAUUUUUGGUGAGUUUGUGAGAUGGGAUUUAUUUUUUGUAACAUAUACUGUAUUUGGGGUUGGUGAAGACUGAAGAGUGUGAUUUUCAACUUUCUACAAUUUUCUAGGGUUUGUUUGGAUUGCACUGUGCAUGUAUAUCUGCAUCUGGUUGUGAUUUAGAGAAUCUAAAAAAUCAGAGGUGACAGAUGAAGAAGAAGAAUAGAUCGAUUACAUUUGUGUGAUUUGAUUCCACUGUGUUUUCACCUAUAAAGGGUAGAUUUCUUCUGUGAGUUUCAAAGGUCAAAACAUGGUGUAAAUUAUGUGCAUUUUCUUUUCUUCAGAGAUUCUUGCAGUUUGAUUACCGAGCAAAAUUUUGUUUCUGUACACUGAUUCUGAAAAAAGCAUGAGAGUGGAA